CUCAGAAAGUGAGCUUCAGUGUUGCUACUAUUCCGAGAUUGAUUUUCAGCAAAACCCCAAAAUUUCCCUUCAAAAACCCACGAAAUCUCUUCAGUAAAACCCUGAUUUUGUAUUCUUUUAAAUCUCCAACUCACUCAAACUCGUUGCUUUCUCAAACUCGUUGCUUUCGCAACGGGCUAACUCACUCCACCCAAAGUCCUCCUCCACUCACAUCCAUCACCCCAUUCAAGAACUACUACUUCUCCUUGUUUUCUCAUUAACCCUUUUAUGUUUUCGUCUUUUCUCCAAUUCCUUUUUGCCCUAUUUCCACUUUGUUGGCAAAGCCUCAUUGCCUUCUCUCAUGAAGCUGAAGCUCAGACGAAAGCUUAUCCUAAACAUAUGUGGGAAGCCAUUGUUGCUUAGGAGGAUCGUCGCCUCUUUAAAUAUUUUGGGCUCGACCCAGUUGGCUUUGGUCGCUUUGUUUUGUCGUUAUCAGCUCUUGGGGGCGGUAGGACCAUAACUCAGCAGAUAUACUGGGGACAUGGUAUUAAUGGCAUCAAAUAGCAUCAAAUUUCUAUUUUGGGAAGCAUCCGUCUCUCCUGAGCUUGGCGGAGUCUGCAAUGCUUGCUGGACUUAUACCUGCACCAGAGCUUAGAUCGCCACUCAGGGAUCAAAGAAGAUUUUAAACUAAUGCAUCGUGGCAAGACCUUCCAAGCCAGAGUUUUGAAGAGGAUGGUGCAAGUUGGUUAUCUUGAUAUCAAGAUGGCACUUUUGACUGUGAGACAACCUCUUUAUCUACGUCUUAAUAGGCCAGAACAUGCAGAUGGACUAUCAUACCUGUUGUCUUUCUCUGGGUUGGGCCUUGGAGAGAACAACAAACUGAAUCAAGUAGGUAAAGAAUCAACAUUCAAAGGUACAUGGGUCUGGGAAAGAGAAAGCAAAAUAUGGGAAGUAUGUGAAGAGAUGGAAAGAUGGGCCAUGAAAAUUCGCAUAGAACUUCAAUAAAAGCUUCUUGUUUGAAAUGAAAUGCAGAACACUGUGAUUUCGGGGGACCAUAUGUUUCAAGGUAAUUUUUAAUUUAAAAGAAACCUCAAUUCUUUUACCUUUGGAUGGUGCUAACUCAGAUGAGCUGAGACUUUUGGUUAUUACAUUAUUGUUUAAGAAAACAUUUCUCUGAUAAAAAUGAGUUUUCUAGUAAUACAAUUAAUUCACUCACUGUUAUGUAGUAUUAGGGUUCAUUUGGCAGUGUGGUGGGAGAGACUCCUACUGCACCACAGCUGCGUUCUAUGAUUGGACCCUUAAUAAUUCCUAUGUUGAGUUCCUUUGAUAUGAAUAUUGCUUGAUUGGAGAUAACAGUGAAUAAAGCUACAGAUUAAAUGAUUUCUCAUCUUCAACCAAUUAACAUUGCACUAGAGAACAAUAUGAGAAUUUAUGCAACUUGAAUAUCGAUACAUGGCUGAUAUUGAAAUGGAUAAACAUUGAAUGACGAUUAAAAUUACCCUGAGCAAAACCAGAGACAUAUAUAGAAUUGAUUUAGAUCUAAGCCAAGUCCUAGAACAUUUCUUUGUAUGAAUAUAGUA